CCGCCCGUAAGAAAUACAUUGGAGGCCUGUGGUGCACCACCGCCAACCUCCUCCCAUGUAUUUCUUACGGGCGGUAAGCGGUUUCUACUGCACAUUUGUCUGCUCUCUGUCCUGCUCUUACGUGGUCCGGAUAAUAUGACUGCCACUUAAGCAUCAUUUAUUUGACUCUCCGACCUACUCAAGUUACUGCUUCACUGCAUUAUUCACAAUAUUUCCUUUUGGGUUUGUUCUUAUCCCUAAUAUGGCUUCUUCAUCUUCACCGCCUAAGAACAAGAUAUCGUUUUAUCAAACCUGCCUGGGUCAUGGCACAUUUGGCCUCGUCAUGAAAGCCGUCGACAUAUCACAGACCGCCACAGCCGUGAAGUUUAUAUUUCCAUCUAACGAACCUGAAGAUACUAAAAGUAUGACCCAAAUUUCUCGUGAGUGUACCAUUUCCUUACGACUUGCAGACCACGCCAACAUUGUGAAAACGCUGUCAGUCGACGAAGGUAACUUUUCCCUGGCCCAACUAGAAACCAUAUUCCCGGAUAAAAGUCUGCCCACCAAAGGACAACAAGCACUUAAGGAUACAUUUAUCGGCAAAGCAAGACGAGACAAAGAAAUUUUCGUAAUUCGAAUUCAAAUGGAAUUAUGUGGCGAAAACUUACGAAGCUGGCUAAAUUUAGCACAUCCUGAUAACAGCCAACUUAUUACAGUUCAAUCCACCAUCAUAAAAAAUCUUGCGUCCGGUUUGGAAUAUUUACACGAUAACGAAAUUAUUCACCGCGACUUUAAACCAGAAAAUGUAAUGUUCUGCAAGGCGGGAUUCGUACUACCGGUUAAAAUAGGAGAUUUUGGUCAUUGUCGAAAUAUUGAUACGACCGAGAGCAAAACCAGUAAUUUGACAAGUGGGGUUGGGACCAGGGACUACAUGGCGCCAGAGGCCUUUACGAAAAAAUACGACAAACAAGCUGACUUGUUUUCCUUGGGACUCGUGAUUUGGGAGGUUGUCCAACUGAUUCCAUUCGGCCAUAGGAGACCCUUUUUUGAUCGCCUCGUGAACGAUAAAGAAGAGGAUUUAGUUAAAAAUAAUGCCGCUUUUCCAGACGUCGCCCUAUUAAUUAUUCAAAUGACGAAACGUAAGGUUGAAGAUAGGCUGAAGAGUAUGAAGGAGGUCACCGACAGCUUAAUAGACCAGGACUCAAUCAGGCAGAAUGGAACUUUGGACAAAGGGAUGGAUCUAAUCAAGUCAUUCGAAGACAAGAAAACGGUCCCAGUGACGACAUUGGUCAAAGAAAUGAUGAAAGUGGAGCUCACGCCUUUUGCAGACUUCCGGAAGAAUACCAAUUCCAUGCAGCCACCAGCACAACAAGUCGCCAUUGGGAUUGAUUUGGGAACCUCUUAUUCCUCUGUUGCCAUUUGCGAGCCGGACGGAAAAGUUAGAGUAUUAAACAAUUCACAGAAUAGUCCAACUACGCCGUGUUACAUUAGACUUGGGGCCGAAGACGUUGUUGGGGAAGUAGCAAAAAGUCAGGCUUUAAUUUACCCAAGUUCUACUAUCUUUGAUGCAAAACGCCUCGUUGGAAGAUCAUAUAACGACCCCAAUGUUCAAGAAGACAUGAAAGGCUGGCCUUUCACAGUCGCUAGCGACACCUCAGGGACAGCAGUAGUAGAAGUUGAUGGAAAUGUCUAUGCACCGGACACAAUAUCAGCCAAGUUACUUACUAAGCUGAAGGAAGAUGCAGAAGCAAAAUUAGGCAAGACAGUCACUAGUGCUGUUAUCACGGUCCCCGCGUAUUUUAAAGACGCACAAAAACAAGCUACGAAGGAUGCCGGAAUUGCAGCUGGAUUAAACGUUAUAGAACUUUUGACCGAACCUACCGCAGCUGCAGUAGCAUAUAGUCGAGACAUCACUCUAGGAGAGGAAAAGAAAAUACUGAUCUUUGACUUUGGUGGUGGAACACUUGAUGUGUCCAUAAUUUCGAUCCAUGAAUCUGACGUUACUGUGCUUGUAACUGGAGGAGAUAAUCACUUCGGAGGGAAAGAUAUCGAUACCAAAUUGAUGGACUAUUGUAUGACUAAAUUCAAUGCAACAAACCCAAACGUGGACUUUUUCGAUGGAAUGUAUUCCACCGAUCCACCUGUUAAAGAACAAUACAAUCGUCGAUUACGAAGACUACGUAAUGAAUGUGAAAAAACAAAAAUUGCCUUAUCUGUAUGUUCCUCUACAAUGGUCGCACUGGAUGGUCUCAUAGUGCAGGGUACAACAAGCCUUGACUUAAACGUCAAAGUUACAGUGGACGAAUUCAACGCUAUGAAUGCUACUUUGUUUAGGAGAUGCAUCAGCUUUGUCGGGAGAGCUUUAAUGGACGGAAAUUUGACAAAAUCUGACAUUGACGAUGUUGUUCUUAUUGGUGGCAGUACUCGGAUACCAAAGAUUCAAAGAAUGCUGCAAGAUUUUUUUGAUGGAAAGCCGUUGAACGGGAGGCUGAAUCCUGACGAAGCAGUUGUAAUAGGGGCGGCCAUCAGAGCAGGCGCCAGCCACGGCUACGAAUCAGUCAGGACCACGAUACAUGAUGUCACUCCAAUGUCGAUUGGGAUUAAACUUAAUGGUGUUUUCUCCAUCGUAUUUCCGAAGAAUUCUAAAUAUCCGAAUGAAAACACUAAAAGUUAUAUGGCUUUAGGUAAUAAAAAGACAGAAGUGGAAGUUAGCAUUUAUGAGGGUGAAGAUAUGAACGCAGUAAAUAAUAGUUUACUGGGGAAAUUUAUUCUCGCUGGUAUCCCAACGACAGGUAAAUUUCAAAGGGUGGAUGUCACAAUGGCACUUGAUGCAAAUGGGCUUUUGCUAGUGACUGCUAGAUGUGAGGGGAAUGGAGUUACUAAAGCUUUGACCAUUCGACAUAGAAGGUUGGGUUGGAAGAAUAACUUCCCCCACAUUUAUAAUGAGAGGACGUAGUUAGAAACUAAUCAUUAAAGAGGGAUUUUCCACCGGAUAUUUAUGAACACUCGAUAAUUAGUACAUAAAGAUAAUGAGCAGCAAAUAAAUACAUGUUAGUGCAUUCAUCCCAAAAACCAUACAUAAUCCAAAGCAAGCUUCAAUAUUUAGCCGGAUAUUUCCCACUUCGUAUCAACCAGCCAACUCUCAAAAUUUAUCAAUGAAUGGCAGGACGAAGCCCCGAUCUUGCCAAAAUACUUAAUCGCGAAAAGAAAGAUGGCGCACCAAGAAGCUCGCCCCUUGGGCGCUCGCAUCCCCCUUUUCUACAACAAUGCACAUGGAGACCUAUUUCUUCAAAAUGUGCUUCAAACCAGCACUAAAAAUCAAGUAACUAAACACAAAGAGCAGAUAGUGUGGUACGAAAACUAAAUAUAUAAACACAUGUAUGUAUGAAACGCAAAAUGAAAGUUAAACCAAAAGAAGUUCGACUAAUAAGUUGGUUUUUGGGCAAUACGCCAGUUUUAGUUGUAAUAAUUAAUUAAGCCUAAUAAUUUAGAUGUCCCAAUCAGGCAAAAUCACCUUUAAUGUUUCAAAUUUGCCGCCACAUCAAUUAGAGUAAGCCUUUUAAUUGACUCCAAAUAUUCAUACAUGCUUUAUCUAUGUACAUACCUUGGUGUUUAAUGACUACAAAAAUGCACGAUUCAUAACAAAAUUAAACUUUUUUAUGUGUAAACCUUUUAUGUUGUAAUAAACCUUAAUUAUGACAUUAAAAGACCAAUUUAAAUAGA